UUUCGAUUACUGUUCGGCGUGGUCGCGAAUCUGUAAUCUGCGAACUACGAUCAUUUCAUCGGUCGGUUUGAUCGGAAAUGGAGCUUCCGAAUCCGCAGCCGGAGGAACCGCCGUCAUGGGACGAGCUUUACAGCGUCAAUCUGAUGCCGUCGGAGUUGUUCGUCAAGUUCCGCAAGGAGCUUGAAGGGCUUCGCGUCGGUGUCAAUCUCGAGUUUUAUAACGCACCGACGAAUGAUUACCAUGCGAAGCUUGUUCUGAAACCUCUAUCCCCGGAAAGGAGGUGGAAGUUCGUAUAUGAGCCGCUUCGCCAAGAUGUUCGCAUUCUUUCGAAGAAAAUUCCUCUCACCAGAUUUCUGAAUCUCCAGUUUGGUGUCGGCCAUAACUUUCAGAUGAAUGCAACUGGCUGGAAAUUCAAUCUCACCACAUGUUUGGGUGGAGAUGGUGUGUCCCGGAUCCGUAACAAGACAACUCUCAGUCUGUGUCCUGGUGUCGAUUUUCGUUUCGGAUGGAGAGCGGAUUAUGUUAUCCCUGAGAUUACCGGGAGCCUGGGGACUGAUGAACCGUUAUUCAACAUGAACUCGGGGAGAUUACAGGCAUCAUUGGACAGAGUUGAAGCCAUUUUGACCAGUUCGAAUUAUUACUAGACAUCUAGACAAAUCCUGAACGAAGGAACAGGUAAAAUGUACCCUGCACUCUUCCUUCGGCCGGGUUAAAACCAUGUCUGAAGGAUCAAUCAUGAAAGCAAAAAACGACGACAACCCGAAAGGGAAAAACGUUUCGGCCUUUUCGCUCGGGUUUUUUCAUAUCUAGAUACCGUAAAAUAGAGAACUACCUCGUCUUAAUGCAGAUCAUGAAAUGUGUUGCAACAAGCUGGAAUUUUUCGGCCAGGGGAGAUGCAACAGAAAGUUUACGGGCUUAAAACUGCUCAAAGGAUUCGACUUUUCUUCUGGAAACUCGUUCACGGAGCUCUGUUGCAGCUAGGAUUUGGAGAGAAACUAGUACAAAGACAAGUAUCCAAGAAACUAUCUCUGUGUUCGAUGUAAGAAAAGUGAAUCCGUUAGUCAUGUUCUCAAAUGAUUAUUUCUGUUUCAAUUAUAAAACUAGAAUCUACGGUGGAUA